CUCCAAUCAGCGUCACAUACGGGACUGGUGUUGUGUGCGUGUUCAGUGUCUUUUAUUAUUAGGCUACCCGUGUUGUACCUUGCGUGUAGAAACCUCUACACGUUUUCACAAUUAUUUAUAUCUGUGUCUGUUUUACGUUAUUCAAAUAUUAAUUUUAAUAUAGAUCGAUCGUAGAGGAAAUAGACAUGCAAUUUGCCCUCCGAAACGGUUGCGGCAGUAUUUGUCCACACAGAAAAACACCACCAAAGAAAAAUACAGCGGGAAUUGUGGACAGACGUACUGUAGCCUAGAUCUAAUCUUUCUGCAAGUUAAUUUCUUAACUGCUGUCUUAUCAUUAUGUCAGUUUGAAACUCGACGUCUGCCAAGCCACAUGGCAUGACAACUGUGAAAGCAAUUCUGGCCAGAUGCGUAGCCAGCUACAGAAUCUAACAACCAUUCUAGUCGGACUUAAUGAUCUCAAGAAGCCUGCAAACUAUCUACCACACCAGCUGUUUGGAAUACUUAACCAUGAAAGCGUAGCGACGAUCGAGGAUAACCAAACAAUAUAUUCAAUUUUCUUUACUAUUUCCUGGCAUUGCUGGGUAUUGCAAACGAACAGUACGACUGAUGUUUAAUGUGUCCUCAGAUUGAGUUUCAUUAGACUACUUAUCUUGCAAUGACUGAACGAGCAAGUAAAAAGCGUCACGUGACUCGUCUUCGUGUCUUUGAAAAUUGACAGAGCAAAAAAGAUUUUUGCUAAUGUAGAUGAACAAAUAAAAUCUCUCGUUAUUACAGAGGAAUUUGUAGAUUAUAGAAGAUUAUAGAAACCAAGUCAUGACAGACCGGAAUUUACCGGAGUGGAUGUCAAAUAAUGAAAGUACUGCUCUCAAACAGCCCCUCCUGGCCUCUUCCUCCCAUCCAUCCUCCCUCACGCGUAUCGUUACGGCUCAAUCACAAUUCCAUAAGAGAAAUGUCAUAGAGGAGGAUCUCCCUUAUCUGGAGUUUACUGGCACAGUCAUAUACAGUCAUGAGAAGAAUGACUGCUCGUUUUUGUCGCAGGAUUUAAGGGCUGGUCUAGAGCCCAGUUCUGCCAUAGGAUUUGAUAUAGAAUGGCCACCUUGCUUCCUCAAGGGGCAGAAGAAGAAAGUUGCAUUGAUUCAGCUGUGUACCUCAGAGGAUAAAUGCUACCUCUUUCACCUCUCCUCAAUGACAGGAUUUCCAACUGGUCUGAAGUUGUUGCUGGAGGAUGAGUCUGUAAUAAAAGUUGGCGUGGGAAUCGAGGGAGACAUGUGGAAGUUACUGUCAGACUUCAGUAUCAAAAUGACAAACUUUGUGGAGCUGGGAGAUUUAGCAAAUGAAAAACUAAGAUGUGUGGAGAAGUGGAGUCUGGCUGGGCUCGUUAUGCACCUAUUCAGGAAGAGGCUCUUCAAAAGUAAACAUGUUCGCUGCAGCAAUUGGGAUAACUUACAUCUCUCCGAGGACCAGAAAAGAUACGCUGCCACAGAUGCUUAUGCUGGUUUGAUCAUUUAUAACAAACUGCUCAAUUGGGAUCUAGGAGCUGAGAAUUCUAGGUCUGGCCUCAAGGAUAAGCUUUCCCAAAUGGCUAGUGAAAUGGCUAGUUUAGCUGGCCGUAUUUAUAAUGAAGUCAAUGACAUGGAAAGAGCUUCCAAGCUGGUUGAAGACAUGUCUGCCAGCUUCAACUCUCUAAAAGAUAUUCUAAUAAAGAGCAACAACACAGCUUGUUCUUCACCUCAAGAACUCUUGCCUCUUGGCCCCGAAAGCAGUGAGGUGAUUGGUUGUAGCCUAUCAGAUGAGUCAAGCAGAACACAUGCCCAGGAUGGAGAUGAUGUGGAUCUAAACCAGUCUAACUUAGACCUAUUCAAGGCUCAUGAACCAGUGAAGAAUGUCAGAGAAGCCUCAUACUGGCAGAAAGAAGGCAUCAUGUCUCUGGAUAUCUCUGAGUAUGAGCUUCAGAUGCUGGAGAUGCAAGCAAAUGAAGAACAUCGUAAAGAACAGUCCACCCUGGACUUAAAGGAGAAGAAUACCCUGGAGAACUCAGCCGACCUCUCGCAUGACGUGGCCAGUGAUGAGGAGCUGGAGAACCAGAUGCUACAGUGUGUGGAAGAAGCAGAGGAGUUGAGUCUCGAAGAAAACAAGACGGAAGAUGAACAGAAAGACCUUGUGGAACCUUCUUCCUCUCCAGAGGAAGAGGAGGAUGUCAUUGAAGAGGAGGAGGAAGAGUUUGAUCCUUCCUUUCCAGAGCCAAAUCCAGAUCAUAUAAAAUGUCUGAAGAUGAAUUUUGGACACAGUUGUUUUAAGCCGGUACAAUGGAAAGUAAUACACUCGGUUAUUAAGGAGAGGAGAGAUAAUCUUGUUGUUAUGGCAACGGGCUAUGGGAAGAGCUUGUGUUUCCAGUUCCCCCCAGUGUACUGUGGAGGUCUGAGCGUCGUCAUCUCUCCCCUCAUUGCCCUCAUGGAGGACCAGGUGCUGCAACUGCAAAUGUCCAAUAUUCCAGCCUGUUUCCUUGGUUCAGCUCAGACCAAAAAUGUCUUGUUGGACGUGAAACAGGGGAAAUACAAAGUUGUGUUCAUAACCCCAGAAUACUGCUCUGGAAGUAUUUCUUUACUGGAGCAGCUCAACACAACUAUUGGAAUCUCUCUGAUAGCGGUGGACGAGGCCCAUUGUAUCUCAGAGUGGGGCCAUGACUUCAGAGGAGCCUAUAGAAACCUUGGCAAACUGAAGAGAUGUAUGCCCAAUGUCCCUAUCAUUGCGUUAACAGCCACAGCCAGCCCCUCCAUCAGGAUGGACAUUGUGAGGAGCCUAAACCUGGUGGAUCCUGUCAUAACUUGCACCUCCUUUGACAGGCCCAACCUCUUUUUGGAGGUCGGCCGCAAGUCUGGAAACAUGAUGGAAGACAUGAAGCGCUUCCUCAGGAAGAAGCCUGGGGGGGACUAUGAGUUUGAGGGGCCCUCUAUAGUGUACUGCCCCUCCAGGAAGGAGGCAGAGCGGGUGAGUAUUGCACUGUACAAGCUGGGCAUUACCGGUGGACUGUACCAUGCUGGGCUGGGCAUCAAACAGAGGAGAGAGUCACAACACAGCUUCAUGAGAGAUGAAAUUCAGUGCAUUGUGGCCACUGUGGCAUUUGGAAUGGGUAUCAACAAGCUGGACAUUAGGAAGGUUAUCCACUAUGGGGCCCCAAAGGAGAUGGAGUCAUACUACCAGGAGAUCGGCAGGGCAGGAAGAGAUGGGCUACCCAGUGCCUGCCACGUCCUCUGGACACCUGGAGACAUGACCAUAAAUAGGUUUUUCCUCAACCAGGGGACUAACACAUUUCGUCCCUACAAGUUGAAAAUGAUGGUCAAGAUGGAGCAGUAUCUCAAAUCAUACAAAUGCAGAAGAAAAUUGAUCCUCUCUCAUUUUGAAGACAAGCAGCUGAGAAAAGUCACUUCUGGCAUCAAGGGAACUUACCAGUGUUGUGACAACUGCAAAUCUGGGUUGGUGAACAUCAUAGACGAAAGUGUUUGUGAUGGCGGCCUUGGGGGAGGAAGCAGGCAUCAGGACUUUGGCCCCCUGGUGUUCCAGCUGCUAAGUGCAGUGGCUGCUAUGGGGGAGAGGUAUGGCACCACCACCCCCAUCCUCUUCCUGCGUGGCUCGAACUCUCAAAGGGUUCCUAAAAACUACCGGUGCCACCCUUUGUUCGGAGGGGGAAAGGGCAUACCAGAGGCCUGCUGGAAGGCCUUGGCCAAGGAGCUGCUCAUAGAGGACCUCCUGCAAGAGUACACUGGCAGUAACAAGUUCUGCACCCUUUGUCGAAUAACCUUUAAGGGUAAGAUGUGGUUCAACCAAGCCCAGGAUGAGACAAAGAGAAGCCUACUGCUACAGCCUAACAGGGAGCUCAGUACCUGGUCUGUCCAAAGACGUAAGCCCAGCCUUGCUCCUACCUCAAAUAUUGCAGCUGGCAGACAGUCUUCAACUGUGGCUCAGAAUCGUUUGACUGCCUCCCAUUCAGGAAACAUUGGCAGCAAAGUUUACGAAAAGCACAACAGUUCAAGUGGCAGGUUCCAGUCACUGGUGCCCAAACUUCCACCAGACCCAGUUUAUCCUAGAGAGCUACAACUACAGGGAGAGUUGUACGCCAAACUGGUGGCCGAGCGACAAAAACUGGCCAGCGAGAAAGACAUUCCACCAGCCAUACUAGCCACCAACAAGAUUCUCCUCGACAUGGCAAAGAUUAGACCAUGCACGGUGUCCGAUCUGAAGCUGGUGGAUGGAGUGUCUGAAGCCAAGUCAAGCAUGCUGGCGCCUCUCCUCAAAACCAUAGUGAACUGUCUAUCUGCUGUGCACAGAGAAGACAGCUCAUCGCUGCUGUCAAGGCCCCAUCCCUUCCCUCUACCAGACAGUGUCAACAUCACCUACAGACUGUUCCAGGAGCAGGGCCAGAGCAUGAAACAUGUGUGUGACGCUCGCAGCCUGCCCUCUGCUGUGGUGGAGUCCCAUCUGCUGCAGGCCUUCAGGGCAGACCUCCCUCUAGACAUGGACAGAGCUGGUCUCACCCCUGCCAUAAGAGACGCCAUCUUAAGCAUUGUCCAGUCUGCCCCUAUCAACUCCAACCUCAAUGACAUCAAGGCCAUCCGAGCUAGAAUUCCCGAAGAUAUCAGCCCCUUCCUGUUCAAACUGACUGUGGCCAUGCUGCAGAGAGAUGAAGUGCAUACAGCGCCCUCUGCUGUCCCCAUUUGCCCACUGCAGCCUGGGUCUGCAGCACCACCCCAGAGCCAGCAGUCCAUCUCCUGGAUUGAACCAGAGGAGGUAACUCCUAGUAGCAUUAGGAAUGUGCCCAGCACCUCUGAAGCAUCCACUCCUAAAACUACCCUCCAGACCGGAGCAAUUAUGUUGGCAUCCUGGAACUACAAGUCCCCAGAUGAGGACACACAGGACAUUUUCAAGGAUUCGUCUGUAAAGAACUUGAGCCAGCCUUCCAAGAGGAAGUUACCAGAUUGGUCAGAAGUUCUGACAGGCCCGACCUUAUCUGCUGCUAUGAAGAAAGCCAAAAAGAAGAAAGGACUUUUUUCCUAAUUCAUACAAUGAUUUGUAUUAAUUGGGACCUCAUUUCUGAAACUGUUGAUAUAAUUCCAUGUGCAGUUAUUGUUGUGUUUUAUUUGUUAAGAAUAAAAUGUGAAUUCAAGGUAAAAGUACUUUUUUGUUGUUUUUGUCCAUUGGUACCCACACUUGGUUGCAUCCAGAAGUUGACUUGCAGAUAAUUUAAGAUUUUAAUGUUCCUUGACAUGAUAAGAAUGGUCAGAACAUUUUACUAAUUAAUAAUAAGAAGAAUUAGAUUAGAUUUAUAAUGCACUUUUCUUGACCCAAAGUGCUAAAUGAACAUGUUAACACAUUAACGUGUUUACCUUGUUGAAUACCCUUACUAUACAUUUUUAAUUUACAUAUCAUGCUCUGCUUUUGUCACUGUACUGCCUAUUCCUGGGCUAAGACCAUUGUGUCAAAGGUUGUUCUGACUUUCAACAAAAGAAUUUAGGGAAAGAAUUAGGGAAUAGUAGGCUACACCUUGAUAUAAACAUUUAAUCCCUAGAGAUUAGUGUUUCCACAGACACAAACGUCUUGACAGAUUAGGUAAGAGAUGUGGGAUUUGUCACAGAUAGUGUCUUAUCCUGGUGGGAAUAGAGCUGGUGAACUGUGUAAAAGGGAUUUACUUCCUUUUUGCACUUUUUGAUAUAUUUGUUUUGCAUGAUAUGAUACUACAACUGUAUCAAGAGUAGUGUUGGGUAAAUUUCUUCAAAAAAGUAAUCAAUUACUAAUUACUUCAUCAAUAUUGUAUUUAAACUACUUUUGUAAUUACUCUGUCUGAAAAGUAAUUUAAUUACUCAAUAAGUAAUGUAAUGCAUUACUUCUUACAAUCCCUAUAAACCUUGACUGGAUAGACAACAGAAAGGAAAGUCUUUCAAUAAUUAAAUACAAGUCAAACUUGGAAUAGUUCAGCCUUUUAGCUUUUUAAAACAUAGCCUACUAAUACUUAACAUUUUAGUAACACAUGUAACCUUCUUUCAUCCUAAAUUACCAAACAAUAUGUGCGUGACACAAAAGCUUAACUUUAAGUUAAACAUGACAUCACAGGAUUCUGCAGUACGCAGCGGUAGAAUCUCUUCCUGCAAUCUAGAUUUUAAUUCAAUAUUGAUUUAUACAGAACUGUUUGACUAAUUUACAGUAUGUAACGCAAGUACAUUACAAGUAACUGUAAUUAAAUGACCAAAAAAUUCACAGAAAUCCCUUACUUUACUUUUUCAGUGGAUGAGUAAUUUAAUUACAGUAACGCGUUACUUAGUAAUGCGUUACACCUAACACUGAUCAAGAGCACUUGCAAUGGAAUUGGAGAAGGCUAUAGAUCAGGGAUGGAAAUAAAAAAAAUUGUCCACUGGCCACUGUGGCUGGUGGAUUUCAAAAUCUACCAGCCACUCGAUGUUUUUACCAGCCACUUUCUUAUUUUUAACCGACAAUGUGUAACUACAUGUAAAAAUUAAUACUACAACAUCCACAAUACUUAAGCAGUGUAUUUAAUCUCAAAUCUCGAUGAAACACUGACACUUUCUCUUUCUCUCUUAUACAUACACAAACCACGAACUGAUAUACAUUUCAUUAAAUGAGUAGGGCAGAUUAAACAACAAACUAACAUUCCUCCACCCAUCCUCCGCACUCCCAGUACAAUUUUCUCCUGCUCAUCAGAAUCAGAUUCUGAAGUUUCAGAUGUGCUUUCCUGAGCGUUCUUCUUCCAAGACAGGGCGAACAGCUUUGCUUUAAAGGGGCUUAUUUUCCCGAUAAUGACCUGCGUCCUAUACAUGAUCCCGCUUAUUACACGGCUACUUGCCAACAAAGAUAACUUAACACAGUGUCUUUUUACUGUUUAUUGUUAAAAUUCGUAGUGUUGAUCAGCAGAGAAAUAGUUCGCCAAACACGUUGAACUUCAUA